AGAGGAGGGUACCAGUCAAAUCCUUGACCUUUCUCGUUAAUCUAAUGGACGGAAUUUAACUGUCCUUUAGCAUCUCCUCCUUCUCAUUUCUCGGAGGAAAGGAAGAAACCAACGCCUUUUGAAAAUUCAACCACAAAAAAAAAGAAAAAAAAAUAUCAGCAGCUUCAAAGAUAGGCAUGCCGAUUUCUCAUAUGCUAAAAGUUAUAUCCAUAUUGACAGCAUACAGGAUACUUUGUCCCCCCUCUGUGUGUAACUUUCACGUCUCACGGUUGAUUAUCGCAACCCUUCCAAAUCACGGUUAAUAUUUUGAGACAUGGUAGUAAGUAUUUUAUGUUGUCUUAUGCUACAUGAGUGCUUUUUGCGAACUUGAACAUAGCUCUAAUAUGGUAAAGGGACAAUUGAGUUGAAACAUGUAGGCAUAAAUACCCUCAGUUGAUAUCCAUGUUUUUUAAUUUUACAUGUACAUAAAUAAAUAUUUAAAUAAUUAUAAAAUUGAACAAGUAAACACAAAUGCUUUACUUGACAAAUUGCAUGAGAUGCACACGUUUUGCAUGAUAAAUUGCGAUAUAAGACGCAUAUAUAUUUGCUCAACUUUAUGAUAGUUUAAGUAUUUACUUGUGCACACUUAAAAUUAAAAGAUAUAAAUGUUUAUUGAUGAUGUCAAGUUGAAAACACAUUUAUGUAUUAUGUCAAACGUAUAAUUACUUUUUUGAAUUAUAGUUAUAACAUGUAGCAUGAGUGAAUGUACUCUAAUUUUAGUUGAUGAAUUCACCUAACAUUAGUACAAUUAGUCGAUGACAAAAACAACAAACCUACCUCGAAGAAGUAGAGAAGUUAUUUUCGAUAGACCCCCGACUCAAGAUAAAGAAUAGUAAAUAAGGUCGUAAUGAAACAUUAAACAGGAUGGAUGACAUAACAAAAAUAAAAUUAAGAAAUAACAAAAAUAGAAAUAAGAAAUAAAACACCGAUACAGUAGUACCAUACACACAUAGAUGAAAGAAAGACACCGAUCACACAAACUCUCUUAACUAGUUGCUCCUAUGGAUACAGUCCUAGGAUUACUAAUCCGACUACACAAAAGCUCUCCUAACUACUUGCUACGACUCACCCACACAUACUAGCCUUCUACAUGUCUUCAGUAAGCUGUAACCGUUUCAUGUCAUGUCUAAUCACCUCCUUCCAGUAUUUCUUCGGUCUGCCUUUAUCCCUCCUGAAAUCAUUCAAAGCUAGCCUCUCACACCUAUAAACUGGGACAUCCGUCUCAUCACAUGUUCAAACCAUCUCAACCUCACUUCCCACAUUUUAUCCUUCACCAAAAUCACUUUCACCUUAAUCGAGUAAUGAGCAAAAUUAAAUUCAUUGCUAUUUAUUUUUUGAAAAAGCAAGGUGGAGCAGACAACCGUCAUCAUAAUUAAAGAGGAGGAGCUUUGUGUUUGGUGGUUGAUUGGUAGUCAACAAAGUGUCAGCUUUACAAAAGAAAAACCCCAAGAAAGAAGUCCCUCCACUUGCUACACUCAUCACAGCUCUUUUACUCCGGCCGUUUCCCUCUUUUUCACCAUUCAUUCAAUGGCACUUCAGAGGUUUCUCUCCUUGUAUGUUAUCUUUUUCAUAGCCUUCACUAGCUGUCCUCAAGUGUUCAUUUCUUCUUCUGCUGUUGCAUCUGAUGUUCAGCUUCUCUUGCAGAACAUUAAACCUUCACUUCAGGGUAGCACUAAUAAUUUACUGCUAUCUUCAUGGAACACUUCAGUUCCCCUCUGUCAAUGGAAAGGUCUAAAAUGGGUUUUCACCAAUGGUACUUCUUUGGUUUGCAGCGAUCUCUCUUCACCUCAGUGGACAAGUCUCUCUCUUUACAGGAACCCAUCUUUGCAUCUUGUGUCUCUACAGUUACCAUCAGCUAAUCUCUCUGGAACACUUCCUAGGGAGCUUGGUGAGCUUUCCACACUGCAAAGUCUCUAUCUUGGUGUGAAUGCACUCCAUGGGACAAUACCUCUUGAGCUUGGCUACAGCUCUUCUCUCUCUGAUAUUGAGUUGAGUGGCAAUACUCUCAGUGGGACACUUCCAACUUCAAUAUGGAAUCUCUGUGAGAAGCUGGUUUCUCUCAAGAUUCAUGGUAAUUCUUUGUCUGGUUCUCUUCCUAACCCUGCAUUGCCUGAUGCUACUUGCAAAAGUUUACAGUAUCUUGAUUUUGGGCAAAAUAUAUUUUCUGGGAAUUUUCCUGUGUUUAUAACUAAGUUUAAUGGUCUUAAAGAGCUUGAUUUGGGGUGUAACAAUUUUUCUGGGCCAGUUCCUGAGACAUUAGCUGCACUAAAGUUGGAAAAAUUGAAUCUUUCACACAAUAAUUUUAGUGGAAUGUUGCCAAAUUUUGGGGAAUCAAAGUUUGGUAUGGAUGUCUUUGAGGGAAAUAAUCCUACUCUUUGUGGACAUCCUUUGGGACCUUGUAGUGGAAGCUCUGGCUUAAGUCCUGGUGCAAUUGCUGGUAUUGUUAUUGGUCUGAUGACUGCAUUGGUGGUUGUGGCCUCACUAUUGAUUGGGUAUUUCCAAGGGAAAAGGAGGAAACAUGCGGAUGAAGAAGUGAAUGAAUUCGAGGAAGUUGAAGAUGAGGAAGCUGGUUGUGGCGAGGGGAAGCUCAUCUUGUUUCAGGGAGGUGAGCAUCUGACUCUGGAGGAUGUUCUGAAUGCGACGGGGCAAGUCAUGGAGAAGACUAGUUAUGGGACUAUUUAUAAGGCAAAACUAGCUGACGGUGGAACCAUUGCUUUGAGGUUGUUGAGGGAAGGCAGUUGUAAGGAUGGAAGUACUUGUUUAACUGUGAUUAGACAGCUGGGAAGAGUUCGACACGAGAAUUUGAUUCCUUUGAGAGCUUUCUAUCAAGGGAAGAGAGGGGAGAAGCUUCUCAUUUAUGAUUAUCUCCCAAACAGAAAUCUUCAUGAACUUUUGCAUGAAUCAAGAGUUGGGAAGCCUGUGUUGAAUUGGGCUAGAAGACACAAAAUAGCAUUGGGCAUGGCCCGGGGACUAGCACACCUCCAUGGUCUGGAAACACCCGUAACCCAUGGGAAUGUUCGAUCAAAGAAUGUUCUUGUCGAUGAAUUCUUUGUUUCCAGACUUACCGAAUUUGGACUUUACAAGAUAAUGAUCCCAGCUGUAGCUGAUGAUAUUGUAUCAGUUGCAAAAGCCGAAGGUUACAAGGCACCAGAGCUGCAAAGGAUGAAGAAGUGCAAUUCGAGAACUGAUGUUUAUGCUUUUGGUAUCCUACUGCUGGAGAUUCUGCUAGGAAAGAAACCUGGAAAGAAUGGUAGAAAUGGGGACAAUGUUGAUUUGCCUGCAUUAGUUAAAGUGGCAGUUCUGGAGGAAACGACACUGGAGGUAUUCGAUAUGGAGCUCUUGAAGGGAAUUAGGAAUCCAAUGGAAGAAGGUUUGGUGCAGGCCUUGAGACUUGCAAUGGGUUGUUGUGCUCCUGUUGCUACUGUUAGACCGUCGAUGGAUGAAGUAGUAAGGCAGUUAGAAGAGAACAGACCAAGAAACCGGUCUGCUUUGUACAGCCCUGCUGAAACUAGGAGUGGAAGUGGUACUCCCUUUUAAGCUCAUGUUGCGACUUUAGUAAGGAAUAUUGUUUCAUAUUAUGCCUGUUUUUCCUCCUAAAGGAAAGGGCUAAAUGGCUAUAACUUUCUUACUAUUUCAACUUUUUACCUUUGGCUUUGCAUUGUUAGGGAAGAUAUUUUCAUAGACAAAUUGAAAAUAGACAAUGUGUCACAUUAGGCAUCAAAUUGGUUAUUACAAAGUGCUAUCUUUCAGUUUAUCCUGCAA